CAAAUGAAGUGACUAAUGUUUAAGCAGAGUUAUACUUCACAGUCCGAAUUCAUGAUGUCUCAAAGUGGUCUGUUUUCCCUGCUUGCUGCCGCCAAUCUUCGAAGCUUGGUUGACCACAAUAUGCAGGAGGAUUCCAAUUCCCCGUUUUCUCCUGUGGACAGUUCAAGCAACAGCGAGGGGGAACAGGACGCGCAGCAGAAGAGAAAUGGCAGAAAGAGGCGUUCAGGCCAAAGGUCUCAUAGACCCAGCACCGGGAAGAAAGGCAUGAAAAUUUCUCCUCUUGCCCAAAGUUUGGAAGAUAUUCAUACCCAGAGAGUUGUAGCCAACGUGAGGGAACGCCAGAGGACACAGUCCCUGAAUGAUGCAUUUGCAACUCUUCGGAAAAUCAUCCCCACUCUGCCUUCAGAUAAACUCAGUAAAAUCCAAAUCCUUAAACUGGCCACUAGGUACAUCGAUUUUCUUUACCAAGUGCUGCAGAACGACGAAAUGGACAGCAAGGUGACGAGCUGUAGUUAUCUGUCACACGAGAGACUCAGUUAUGCUUUCUCUGUCUGGAGGAUGGAGGAAUCUUGGCCCUUGUCUGCUGGGCCUUAGCGACUGCUACCAAUCAGGCACAUUGAUUUGCUACGUGGGAACUCUACGCCAGCACAUUAAGAACAUUUUAAAGAUGAACUAAGUGUAAUCAAUAGUCAAGAGCACUUAAAUACUGGGUUGCGGAUGUGGGUAUACCUAGAAUUCUACCGGGAGAUCAGGCAAUGUUGGUCCGUGGAUUCAAUGUUAUCUAUUUAUUUGCAUGUCUUCUGCAAGGCUUCAAUCCCACCGGAUACCUUGUGGCGAGACUGGGAAAUCGUUUUGUAAAUCAAGGAAGAAAACUGCGGGCACAAACUCAGAACUUUGUUGUGAAAUAUUAUUAUUUUUUAUACUUUAAUUGGAAACCGAACUUUUAUUUCUUGAGAAUGGGCUCUGAAUGUUGUGAAGUUCUUGAUUUAUUUUAAGAAAAGCUAUAUGGCGUUGUGUUUUGUAAUAAAUGCAUAUUGCUUCCAGUUCCCUUCCCCCCGUUUUAUAUAUUGCAGUCGAAUUUUGGUAACUCUGUUACUCCCUGGGGAUCAGAGAGGCCUUUAGUAGUUAAAUAAAAAUAAUUUUUUUCAUACAAGUGCUCAUAAGCUUCAAGAGAACUAUGUUUUCUAUAUGCUUAAAGUGAUCUCUUCAUAGAAACAAAUAUACUACGCGGUUAUCAGACAGGAUAAGACAAUAUAUCCAUGAAGAGCUG